GUCAUACCAUCUCAAUACAUCCCAGUCACUCUUCAAGGGCUCCAAAGGGCCGCCGGGAUAACUGAUAUCGAUACCCGACCUUCUAGCACGAUGACGACUUACCACGUUGACGAUGCUGAAUUUUCUGGCCUACGGGGCAGGACCGUUUUGCUGACUGGGUGCGCAACGGGGAUUGGAAGGGAAGCGGCGCACCUCGCACACAAACACGGAGCCAACCUCAUCCUUGGAGAUUGGGCUGAGAAGGAGGGCCAAUCUCUUGAAUCAGAACUCAAAGACCGCGUUCUGUUUCGGAAAACCGAUGUGUCAUCUUGGCCUGAUCUUCUGGCUCUGUUUGACGCCGGCUGGAAAAGGUUCGGAUCGUUGGACAUUGUGCUAGCGAAUGCUGGUAUCAACGAAGUUGGCAACAUCUUGGAGGACAGGUACGACUCGGAAACUGGCCAGUUGAAGCCGCCUGUCCUGCAAACAUUGGAUGUCAACCUCUUGGGCGUUAUCUACACGACGAAGUUGGCCAUCCAUUAUUUUGCCAAACAGCCAAACAAGAGGUUCCAGCUCGUCUUGACAGGGUCUGCGGCGUGUUUUCUUGAUACGCCUCCUCUAUGGACGUACGAAGCAGCAAAGGCUGGCGUAAUGGGUUUGAUGAGAUCAUUGCGAUCGCAAUUGCCUAAAAACAACAACGUAACCAUCAACAUGGUGGCUCCGUGGUUGACAAAAACCCCCAUGCUGAAGGAUGAGUUUUUGAGCGUAUGGGGGGACCUCCCAGCCAAUGAGCCCAUUGGUGUCGCAAGGGCGCUUCUUCUGCCCGCAGUUCGACCGGAUAUGAAUGGGAAGUCGCUUUUCAUAGCAGGACAUGAGAUUGUUGAUUUUGAAGAGGGCUUAGAAAGGACGAAGCCGCAGUGGAUGGGGGAGCAGUUAAGCAGGGAUGUGGACGAGGGUCAGAGGCGGAUUGUGCCAUGA